CCAGUGAAUUAGAACCAUUGGUUGACGGCAGUAACAACCAGGAGGUUCCAAAGGAGGAGUUCCACAGCGAGUACAGAAAGAAAUUCAGACCAUUUUCACAAUAUGAAUUCACUGGGGAAGAAAUAUCUUCGAAGGAUAAUGCAAACGAUAUUAGAGUCCAUACUCAUAAGAAUUUCACUGGCAACAAUGAUAAAAACGGUGCUUGGUAUCAAGAAGUUGUGGAGUUACGUAAGAAAGCUGGUGAAUAUAAGCACCGAGGAUGGGGUAGCGAAUUGGCACCAGAACGACUCUCUGAUAUUUACAAUAAGCAAAUCGAAUUGUGGGAUCAAGUUUCCAGAAGAAGUUCCUUGUCUGCAUUAUCUCUUGCUUCCAUCACUCACAAAUCUUACACGAAAGAAGAGAAAGAGGAUGACAAUAAUAGAAAAAGUUCACCAACGAAGGCUUUUCGAAACGCAGAAAAUUCUGCCAGGAUGAUUAGGGAUAUUAUCCGGCAUCAUCUAGAAAGAACAACAGGUGGUUCAGAAUUUGACGGAUUGAUUUUAUCACCAACUCGUGAGAAGCUCGAACCUACCAUUCCAAGGAGAGACGACGAUUCAAGAGGUUCGCAAAAAAAUAGUCCGAAGAAAAGUUCGCCAAUGAAAUCAUCUUCCCUGAAAAGGACAAAUCAAAAAACUAAACAAGGUGGGCCAAAGAAACUACGGUCGCAAUCUGUUGGACCGACAACUGAAACUAAUGUUGAAAAAAAGUCUCCAAAACGUCAGUCUAGAUCUAUCGCUGCUAAGGAUGGGAGAAAGUCUUCAAAUGAAACGCCUUCCAACAAAAGACCUAGACCUUCAUCCCUCAACACCACUGUCUCAUCCCGAUCUAAAUCCAGUUCGGUAGUUACAAAAAAUGAAGACGAUAGAUUGGCCAAACUGUUGCAAAACCAAAACAAAUCACAAAGUAUAGAUUCAACUAAGCAAAAUCGAAAAGUAGCUCCUAAACAUACAGAAGGAAGUAACGAAGCUGAACAAGUAGUAACGAAAGAUGUAAUGGUAGAGGUGAUGAAAGACACCACUUCCACCAGUGAGGAACACGACAGCAGAAACUACGAGCCAGUUAUAAAAUCCCCACCAGAACCAACCAGAGUGAAGUCUCCAGAACAGAUUAUCUUGCGUUCACCUGAUCCAGUUAACUGGACUGUGCCUUUGGACACCGGAAAAACGUUCACAGUGACACAGAAUGUAAGAGAAGGUGAGUAA